AUAGCUUCAGCUGCUCCUCUCUGGGACUCACAGGAGAGGGGGGAGGGCGGCUCUCAGAGCAAGGGUGGUAGGCCCGGGUGCCUCUGCCCAACCCCGGGGCCCCCCGCCAUGGCAGGGGAGAGCUUCCCCUUCACCCCCUCCACGCUACGCGCUCUCCGCCUGCAGCGCGAGUGGCUGGAAUGGGAGGACCGGCGACGGGCCGCUGCCCAGCGGUGCCGCAGCCACAGGCGCCCCUCAAGUCCCCGGGCCCGACUCACCAGGCCUCGCCGCUCCUGCCGAGACCCAGCCGUCCACAGUGUCCUGUUCUCCGGCGACCUGCAGCAGGUGCAAGCCCUGUUCCACGACGAGGAGGCCGCCAACAUGAUCGUGGAGACUGCGAGCAACCAGCUGGCCUGGUCCAGCGAACAGGGAUUCUGGGUGCUAGCCCCCAAGACCAAGCAGACGGCACCCCUCACCAUCGCUGCGGCCCGAGGUUACACGGACUGCGCCCGCCACCUGAUCCUGCAGGGGGCUGAGCUGGACGCCCGGGUGGGCGGCCGGGCUGCUUUGCAUGAGGCCUGUGCCCGAGCCCAGCUCGACUGUGUGCGGCUCCUGCUGAACUUCGGCGCCAAGGCCAACGUGCUGUCCGAGGAGGGCACAGCCCCGCUGCACCUCUGCACGGCCCCCGAGUCCUUACAGUGCGCCAAGCUGCUGCUGGAGGCAGGAGCCACCGUGAACCUGGCGGCGCGGGAGACCGAGAUGACGCCCCUGCACGUGGCCGCGGCGCGGGGCCUGGAGAAGCACGUGGCUCUUUACCUGGAGCAUGGCGCCUACGUGGGCCUGCGCACCAGCCAGGGGGAGACGGCGCUGAACGCCGCGUGCGCCAGCGCCGAGGGCCCGGGCAGCAGCAGGCAGCACGAGGCCGCCGCACGGCGCCUCCUGGAGGCCGGGGCGGACCCCAGGGCGGCCGGGCGCAAGCAGCACACGCCCCUGCACAACGCCUGUGCCAACGGCUGCGGGGGCCUGGCAGAGCUGCUGCUGCGUCACGGGGCCUGCGCGAGAGCCCCCAACGGCGCGGGCCACACACCCAUGGACUGCGCGCUGCAGGCCGUCCAGGAUGCGCCCAACUGGGAACCCGAGGUCCUCUUCGCGGCGCUGCUGGACUACGGGGCCCAGCCUGUGCGCCCCGAGAUGCUGAAACACUGUGCCAACUUCCCUCGGGCCCUGGAAGUCCUGCUCAACGCUUACCCGUGCGUCCCGUCCUGUGACAGCUGGGUGGAGGCGGUGCUCCCGGAGCUCUGGCAGGAGCACGAAGCCUUCUACAGCUCGGCCCUGCGCAUGGUGAACCAGCCGCGGCGGCUGCAGCACCUGGCCCGGCUGGCUGUGCGGGCUCAGCUUGGGGGCCGCUGCCGCCAGGCUGCCUCCCGGCUCCCGCUGCCGCCGCUCCUCAGAGACUACCUGCUGCUGCGAGUGGAGGGUCGCAUCCAGUGAGCCCUGUGCCGGGCCACUGCCGCAGCUCGUCCCCAUCGCCACCACCGCCACCCCCCACCCCCCGCACUCCUGGGGCCGCACAGUCCAGCCCACCGCUCUCUCUGCAGACUCAGCCUUUGCCCACCCCUUCCUGUGCUCCCGUGGGUGCCGCAAGCCGGGAGCCUGUGCCACCUCACCUCCUGCCCUCAUGUACCUGGCCAGCCCCCUAAAGAGGGACAGAUCCCACCUCUCCCUGCAUGGCUGUGCCCAACCUGCCAUUCUCACUUCAAGGGAGGGCCCUGAUGCAUGCUGGGAUGACCUUUGGGAAUCACAUCUCCAGUCAUUCAUCUCCUUCAGUGGCUCCCACCUCCAGCCUAAGUCAAAACCCAACAAGGGGAGCCGGCGGAGCUGGGGCUCUGUCAGGUCCACUGGCUCAUGGCCACCCUGGGGUCACCCAGCCCUCAUAAACCGCUCACUGCUUGCUGGACCUGUCCUGCCCUUCUUUGCAUCCAGAGUUUGCAUGAUUGUUCCCACUGCUUCUGGAACCUUCACUGGUCAAGGCCCAUGUGACCCUCAAGCAUUAGUUCCAAUACUGCUCCCUGUGCCUGCCCCCAGGCAGCCUGGGGCGCUGCACUUGCUAAGUGCCUGUGUCUGCCUGGGCUAGGCUGGGGCAGGGACUGUACUCUUGGGACGCAUUUCAGCACCUGCUUGCUGAGGGAGGAGUGCGUGCCCCCCAGCCCCGUGAGAGGCGUGGAGCCUUAAGACAGCGGUCACCACACCUGCUGGCCUCUGAGAGCCUGUGUCGGCACCAGCCACCGGCUGUCCUCCCUCCCUGUCUCACGUCCUGUGGUCCCAGACUCAGAAGGACCACGCUUGAUCUUUAGGAGGAAGUUUUGCAAAGCGAGCCCAGCAAAUAAACGGUUUGUGCACAGAACAAA